AAUGAAUUGUCGGUGACAAGCCAUGGACAACUCCGAGCCAUUCGUGGGCCGCAAAUGCUGGCCAAUUGCCGUGGCGACUGCCUUGGCCUGCGCGGCGUUGCGUUUCGGCUUCGGCUCGUGGGGCUCGGAGACGGUCCGGAGGCUGGCCGAGGCCCCCGCGCCCGCGGCGCCCGCGAGGGCGGCGGCGGCGACGGCCUUCGUGAGCUUGGGCCGCGGCACGGUGUGCCGCGCCGGCGCCAAGGACACGGACAUCGUGCCGCAUCAUGGGCGAAUUCAGUCUGGCGUCUCGCGCCGAGAUUGUGAGGAGAGGUGUAGGCAGCAGGACACAUGCCACGGCUUCGAGUUCCGGAGCUCGGAGCGGCGCUGCGAGCUGUGGCUCCAGGACAUCGCGGCGCACGUGCACGACUUCUACCACCGGACGGUGCCAGGCAGCCCGGACUUCGAGUGCAUCGUGAAGUCGCCGAGCUGUUCAGAGCUCAAGGCGCACAAGGCGCUUCACGAUGCUGCAGCUAGCGAGCUCUCCUUCUUCCUGGAAGACUACUGCGAGUAUGGGCCCACCGACGAGGCCUUCGACGUUUGCUCCAGAUCCUACGCAGAAAAUGUGCUGGCGACGAACCGCCAACUCUGUGUGGAAGUCAUCAAGAGAUGUGACGCUGCCACCUGCGCGUAGAACCACCAACUCGCGCCUCUGGCGCCCCAAAAUCGGGCAGAGUUGGAGUCGGGAGAAA